GCUGGGGGAUGCCGCGCUGAAGGAACAGGAACCGGACAUUGGGGCGGCCUUCCUCAAAUUCGCCGUCGUCACCAAAGAGCUGAGUGCCCUGAUGAAAACCCUGAUGCAGAACAUAAACAACAUCGUCAUGUUCCCCCUGGACUCCGUGCUGAAGGGGGACCUGAGGGGCGUCAAGGGCGACCUGAAGAGGCCGUUCGAAAAGGCCUGGAAGGACUACGAGGCCAAGUACGCGAAGAUCGAGAAGGAGAAGAAGCAGCACGCCAAGGAGGCCGGCCUCAUCAGGACCGAGAUCACCCCUGCAGAAAUCGCCGACGAGAUGGAGAAGGAGAGGCGACUCUUCCAGCUGCAGAUGUGCGAGUACCUGAUCAAGGUGAACGAAAUCAAGACGAAGAAGGGCAUCGAGCUGCUGCAGCAUCUCGUCGAGUAUUACCACGCGCAAACGAAUUAUUUCCAAGAUGGCUUGAAGACCAUCGAGCACUUCGGCUCGUACGUCGCGGAUUUGAGCAUAAAGCUGCAGAAGAUUCGGCAAACCCAGGACGAGGAGAGGAGACGUCUGACGGAGCUGCGAAGUCUUCUCAGGAGUUCCGGAUGCGACAAAGAACUAAACGCCAAUGCCAGUGCUGGGUACUCGUUACACCAGCUCCAAGGUGACAAGCAACACGGUGUCACGCGUUCGGGCCACCUUUUGAAGAAAAGCGAGGGGAAGAUGAGAAGGGUGUGGCAGAAGAGGAGAUGCGCCGUCCAAGCCGAGGGAUACUUGGACAUCUGUCACGCGGAUGAGAACAAACCGCCUACUAGGGUUAAUUUAUUGACGUGCCAAAUCAAGCUGGUACCUGACGACAAGAGGGGCUUCGACCUCAUAAGUUAUAACCGAACGUACCAUUUCCAAGCCGAGGACGAGGCGGAUCAACGGGCCUGGAUGUCCGUCCUCGUGAAUUGCAAAGAGCGAGCCCUUUUAAGGGCAUUCGACGCGAGUGGAAAGGCAGAGGCGGGCCAGGGUAAUCCCAGCUUAGUCGAACUUCAACAAGCUGUGAUUCGUUGCGUUAUGCGAUUACCCGGUAACGACCAGUGCUGUGACUGUUCCUCCCAAAACGAUGCUACCUGGUUGUCCACGAAUUUCGGGAUAAUCGUCUGCAUAGAGUGCAGCGGUAUCCACAGGGACCUCGGGGUGCACAUAUCGAGAAUACAAUCUCUCACCCUGGACAACGUGGGCACGGCGCAACUAUUGCUGGCACGUUACAUGACCAAUCAGGCGUUCAACGAAGUCAUGGAGGCGACGUUACAUCACAAUCUGAAGCCCUCGCCGACGUCGACCAUGGAAGAAAGGUACGAGUUCAUAAGAGCGAAGUACGUCGACAAGAGGUACGUCAUGAACACUUGCGCGGACGAGCGCGACUUGCUCUCGGAUCUGGAACACGCCGUCAAUAACCGCGACCUUCAGCAGCUUCUACAGGUCUACGCCGAGAACGUGGACCUCGCGGCACCUCUGCCCACGUCGGACGUGGGCGAGACGGCUCUGCACUUGGCGAUCUUGCGAGAAAUGGGCAGUAGUCUGCACAUCGUCGACUUCCUUGUGCAGAAUAUGCCGACCGGGGGCAUAGACAGAACCACCGUCGACGGGGAAACUGCCCUCCACCUGUCCGCGAGGCACGACCGAGCGGAAGCCAUGAAAUUGCUUCUCAGAGCUGGGGCGGAUCCGACCUUGAGGAACAAACAGGACAAAACGCCGCUGGACAUUGCCCAAGAAGUCGGACACCACACCUGCAAGGAAUUGUUAAGCCACGCUCUACAACGACAGAAGACGCUGUUCGAUAACGUUAACAUCGACUGGAACCUUUCGCACGACGAGGGCUCCACUGAUUUCUCAGACGACGAGACCAUCAUCGAGGAUAGGAACGGGUGUUUAACUCCCGAGAAGAAGUCCCGGAGUAGACCUCCUUCCUACGCCGGGGGCGGUGGAACAGGCUCGGGAGACUCUCCCGUAACUCUGCGCAGUAGGAGCAGCACUUGCGAUAGUUUGCAGAGCGGAUCUUCACCUGGGGCGACAUCGAACAGGCAGCAGAUGCCUCCGCCACCACCUCCACAGUCGAGGAAACCCGUUGUCGUCCCGUCUCCGAUGGCGCCAGACAUUACGGUGAACAUCCACGGAUCCCUGAAAAAGAGAGUCGCUCCUCCGCCACCCCCGGGAACGGCAGGAAGUGGAAUACCCCCGUCUCAUUACGGGACCUUGCCGUCCUCGGCUACUCUGGCGACGUCUUCUCACAGCCGGACAACGAGCGAACCCAUCCUGGCCGGUCACACUUUGCACACUCUGCCGCAUUCGCUGAAUGCCUUGAACAGCCAGCAUCACAAGAGGUCCCCAAGCGGCGACUCCUCGACCGGUCAUGGAAUGGACAAAACGAAUAGUUCCACCCUGCAAAGGCCGCGAAACCCACCACCUCCUGCACCCUCUGGGGUCAGCUCGUCCAGACUGAGUAACGGCAGAAGCAGCGAAUCCCUCAGUUCCGUCUGCUCCGAUCACGGCCUGGGGAACCCCGUACCACCUCCCAGAAAGCCGUAUUCGUUUUAUUCCCUCCAGCCAAUGUCGACGAACCUGAACGGUCUAAAGCGAUGUCGAGCCCUUUACGACUGCGAAGCGGACAACGAGGAUGAGCUUUCCUUUCGAGAAGGCGAGGUCAUCGUCGUCACGAACGAGCAGACCGACGACGACAAUUGGAUGGAAGGUGCGCUGGAAAGGGCGCCGGAAAGAAGAGGAAUGUUCCCGAUUAGUUUCGUGCACAUGCUGCAAGAUUAACACCCGUGUCAACGGUGGUCGUCGCAGCGUACAAAAGCCAACGAAGUGGCGAUAAAUCGAAGCGCACCAUCCCUUAUCGGCGAGACCUCGCUCCUCGACUCUACCAGCAAUCUACUAAAAUUCUGCAAAACUCACCCGCCAGAUACGUAAGAAGGUUUCCUUAUUCGCUAUCGACGAGAUAGUUGGGCUCUUCUGGAGAUGCGUAAUGAUUUAAUCUCAAAGAACCUACUUUGAAGGGAAAGGAAUGAGCACUAUCCAGACGUAAUGUGUGAUAUGUAAUAUUUCAGCGCGGCUGAAGAGUAUUUAUCUGAUAACUGAAAGGACUUAUAUUAAUUAAUUUUAGCAUCAAAUGCCGCAAGAUGAAUAUAUAUUAUGCAUGUUUCAAGUGUAUCGAGCUUAACGGUGAAUUAAAAACGUUAGGAAUAAUCCGGCACGUAAGGCGCACCUUUGACGGUGCGCGUUAUCAAUCACGAGGUGAGAAAAAUUCCCGAUUAAAGAGGACUAUCGAUACUCUACAAUACUCGACUGGCUCGUUCGAUUUUAAAUAGAUCUGCAUUCCGUGUGAGUAUAGUGGCGGACAUGAAUGCCUCCCCUGCAGAUACGGCAUCGCCUGUGCAGGAUGGGAAGGCAUUGAUGUCUCCCAGUAUGCACAUCCAACUGUAUUAAAAAAUCAGCAAUUGUCAGGAACCGGGAACGAGGCGAUGAUGGCACCCUCUAUUAUGAUAUCGAUAUUAGGUUUGUUCGCGUUGACUGCACUUUCUACACUUGAGGGUAAUGAAGGUACUACACUUUUCUUGAAAAGUGCAGAAGGGUAGAUACACUUUCGUCGACGUCCCCAACGCCAAAAAGCUCAAGAAAGUCCAAGAUGAUCGAUUUAGUAGAGAAAUACGAGAUUUUGAGGUCAUCUGUAUCGGAGGAUGAUGAAUAUGAAAAUGUAAUGCUUCCUCCAGCCUUCCUUCUUGGGCUGUCUUUGUUAUUUUCAAAUCCUACAAUUCGUUCAAUUACCUUGUAAUUAUAGAAGAUGAAAAUUCCUUU